UUUUAGCGAAGGGGUGCUAGCGGCGGGACUAGGAUGCUCCUGUUAUCUAAAGCUCGAGCUCCAAAUCUUGCAGAUGCCCAUGGCGAAAUAAUGUUACGAUAAUAUCAUCUCAAAUGGCUGUUUCUUCACUUUCCUCUCUCCUCCUUACUCAACCCCACUCUUUCAUGCGCUUAGCCCUAUUUCAUGGAGGCGCUUCGUGCUUUCGAAGCUUUCGCAGCUUACCCACUCUCUCUCCUCCAUCUCUCUUCCUCAAGAGGAGGAGAUACGCUCCUUUCUCUCUCUACCCCACCACCUAUGCUACUUCUCCUCACUCCUCCAUCACUAGUGGUGAGAUUUCUGGGCUUUCGCACUUUGUAGUUCCAUCUUCUUCUCUGGAGACCCUGCAAGAGCCUCCUUUAGCUGUCAAUAUUCCUUCAAAAGGUCGCAUUUACCAUGAGACUUAUGGGUGCCAAAUGAACAUCAACGACAUGGAAAUUGUUCUUUCUAUCAUGAAGACAGCUGGGUAUACAGAUAUUGUAGAAGUGCCAGAGAGUGCGGAAAUCAUUUUUAUCAACACUUGUGCUAUUCGAGACAAUGCUGAGCAAAAAGUGUGGCAGAGACUCAACUACUUCUGGUUUCUAAAGAGGCAUUGGAAAAGCAACGUCGCUAUCGGCAGAUCGAUGUCUUUGCACCCUCCCAAAGUGGUUGUUUUGGGAUGUAUGGCUGAGAGGCUAAAAGAGAAAAUUCUUGAUGCUGAUAAAAUGGUUGAUGUUGUUUGUGGACCUGAUGCAUAUAGAGACCUGCCCCGUUUACUAGAAUCCGUUGAUUAUGGCCAGAAAGGAAUUAAUACACUUUUAUCACUCGAAGAAACUUAUGCUGAUAUCAGUCCAGUGAGGAUCUCGAGUAAUUCAAUUAGCGCAUUUGUGUCCAUAAUGAGAGGGUGCAAUAACAUGUGCUCCUUUUGCAUCGUACCUUUCACUAGAGGAAGGGAGAGAUCUCGUCCGGUGGAGUCUAUAGUGAGAGAAGUUGGUGAGCUUUGGGAUCAGGGUGUCAAAGAAGUAAUGCUUCUUGGUCAGAAUGUUAACAGCUACAAUGAUGCUUCUGUUCUGGAUACUGAGGUUGAAUCAGGUGAAACAUGGAGAUUUAGUGAAGGAUUUUCGAGUAUGUGCAAAGUGAAGAAGAUGGGGCUUCGUUUUGCCGACCUCUUGGAUCGAUUGUCAUCUGAAUUUCCUGAAAUGCGAUUCAGAUAUACAUCUCCACAUCCUAAAGAUUUUCCUGAUGAGCUACUUUAUUUAAUGCGUGAUAGGUAUAAUAUCUGUAAAUAUAUCCAUUUGCCGGCACAGACUGGGAGUUCAACAGUGCUUGAAAGAAUGAGGAGAGGAUACACUCGAGAUGCCUACUUGGAUCUUGUGGAUAAGAUAAGGAACAUCGUUCCUGAUGUUGGAAUAAGCAGUGACUUCAUAUGUGGCUUCUGUGGAGAAACAGAGGAGGAACAUGCUGACACAUUAAGCCUUAUUAGAACUGUAGGUUAUGACAUGGCCUUCAUGUUUGCCUAUAGCAUGAGAGAAAGGACCCAUGCGCAUAGAAAUUUCACAGAUGAUGUCCCCGAAGAUGUGAAGCAGAGGAGGUUAACUGAGCUCAUUGAUACCUUUCGUGAAUCAACGGGACAAUGCUAUAACUCAAAGAUUGGAAGCAUUCAGCUUGUACUGGUAGAGGGACCCAACAAAAGAGCCCCAGAGACUGAACUCAUAGGCAAGAGUGAUCGAGGCCACAGGGUUUCGUUUGUAAGUCUACCUCUUCCUGAUACCAAUGCAAGUAAUUCAGGCAUGAAGAGGGCACCCGUUAUUGGUGAUUUUGUGGAGGUUCGAAUUUUGAGAUCCACCCGCGCUUCCUUGUUCGGUGAGGCACUUGCAUUGACGAGUUUGAGCAGAUUUUACAAGGAGCUGCCCCAGGCCAGAGCUGUGACAGCCUAAACUUGAUAUACUCACAAAAAGUACAUACUAUGAUAUGAUGGAAUAUGGAAUGAUGCUCCAGAGGGGCAUCCUCAGUUGGUUCCAAGUGGUUGAUGGUGGAGAUUAAUUGCAGCCGGGCAUGCUGGAACAUUCGCCCAAUCUGUAGUUAAUAUCUACUGUACAUUAUCGGGAACAAAUGAUCGAUGUUUUUUGAAGUACUGUAUACCUCGGAUAAUCAUAUGCUUACGCUCCUCAUUGAGCACACAUAGAGGGGGUGAAAUUCCUUGUCUUGGCAUUC